AGCUCCAUCAGAAUGUUGUUCAAGGGGCUUCUUCUAUUGGGUGUGGUAUUAGUUGCUAAUGGUCAGCAGAAGAAUCAGGGUCCGAAGUUCAAGGACAUCCCGAUUGUGUCGCAUGAAAAUGUGUUGGAAGUGGAUGGAAAGUUUAGAUACAGCUAUGAAGGCGGUGACGGAACUCGAGCCGCCCAAGAUGGACAGCAGAUUUUCGUGAACAAUCAAGCUGGAACAGCUUCGCAAGGGCAGUAUACCUACCAGGGUGACGACGGCAAAACCUACAGUGUGUCCUACACCGCUGAUGAAAAUGGCUACCGUCCCUCGGCUGAACAUCUACCAACUCCCCCACCGGUUCCGGCACCAAUUGCCCGAGCUUUGGCAUUUCUCGCCACUUUGCCUCCUCAGAAAGAGAGCAACAACCGGAAGUUUUGAGUACUAUCAGUGUAGUGUUAGGUUUUUGUUUAUGAAAGUGUUGCUUCAGCGAUUAAAAAAUCAUGCCAAGAUGGUUGCAAAGCUACGAGUGAAGAAGAAAAUAAAAACGCUUUUGAGGUUUUG